UCUUUCUGUGCGGUGUACUGUACUUACGGCCGCCAUCACAUCAGCUGUGUCAACCAGUUUCAGAAUCAUAAUCAUCUAUCCCACUUCAAACAUAUCCGCAAAAAGAAAUCGUGAUCAUGUCUUUUGAAGUGUUAGAAUAUUUAUCAGCUCAUUAAAAAAAAUCCCUGUUUUCAUGGCUGAUCUGAUGGGAACGAAAGAUUAUGAGAAUGGGUUGAAUUUUUUGGAAGAAUUAACCGAAAAUGGUCAUCGAAUUCAAGAACAAGUAUUAGAGGAGAUACUGCUGAGAAAUGCUGGAACUGAAUAUCUAACUCGAUUCCUCCAUGGCCGAACUGAUAAACAACUCUUCAAAAACAAUGUACCCAUUGUUACUUACGAAGAUAUAAAGCCUUACAUCGAUCGAAUUGCCAAUGGGGAGACUUCAAAUAUCCUUUUAGCUGACCCCAUCUCCGAGUUCAUCCAAAGCUCUGGUACUUCAGGAGGGCAGCCGAAGUUGAUACCUAUGACAGCUGAAAAUUUUGAGAAAAAGACGUUAGAACUCACCCUGGUUGAUCCAGUCGUAAAAAAAUAUUUUGAUGGCUUGGAAAAAGGCAAAACAAUGAGCCUUUUUUUUGUCAAAAAAGGGAGUGAAACUCCAUCAGGUCUAACAGUGAGAACGCUCUCAUUGUGCUAUUUCAUGAGUGAUAGCUUCAAGAAAAGUGCACCUAAAAUCUGCACAAGUCCUAUUGAGACGAUUCUCUGCUUGGACCACAGGCAAAGUAUGUACUGCCAAUUGCUUACUGGUUUGCUGCAACGUGAUCAUGUUGUUUCCAUCAGUUCGAUCUUUGGAUCCGUUUUGGCAAGGAGCAUCAAGUUCUUAGAAGAUCACUGGAACGAACUGUGUUCAAACAUAAGAACUGGUUGCCUUAGUGAUUGGAUUACUGACCCUGGUUGUAGGAACGCAGUGUCAUCGAUCCUGACUAGGCCUAAUCCAGAAUUGGCUGAUACGAUUGAACACAUAUGUGGCAAUGAAUCAUGGGAAGGGAUUAUUAAGAAACUUUGGCCUGCAGCAAAAUAUAUUAAUUCCGUCAUUACCGGUACCAUGAGCCUAUACAUUUCAUUGCUUGAUUUUUAUGGUGGUGGGACCCCUUUAGUUUCACCAAGUUAUGGUUCUUCGGAGUCUACUUUCGGGAUCAAUUUAAAUCCUCUAAGCAACCCCUACGAUGUCUCUUACACCUUUCUCCCAAACAUGGCAUACUUUGAGUUUCUCCCUGUGGAUAAAGACGGGGAAGAGAAGGCUCGAGAAUCCAAUCUUGAUGGUGUUUCAAGCCAACGGUCAUUGGAAAUGACAAAUGCAAAUGGAAAUGUUGAACCUGUUGAUUUUGCAAAUGUGGAACUCGGUCAAUAUUACGAGGUUGUCGUCACAACUUUCACAGGCCUGUAUCGAUAACGAGUUGGAGACGUUCUCAAGUUAACCGGUUUCCAUAACAACUCUCCGCAGUUCCAAUUUGUCGAACGACGGAAUACUGUUUUGAGUAUUGAUAUGGACAAAACAAGCGAGGCAGACCUCUUGAAGGCCAUCGGGAACGCAAAACGCCAUCUUGAACCACUUGGUUUUGUACUGAUGACAUUCAGUAGCUAUGCGGAGACUUCAUCAAUACCAGGCCGGUAUGUAUUGUUUUGGGAACUCAAGUUCAAAGAAAGGAAUAGAUGCCUAAAACUUGAUGCCAAGAUCAAUAAAAUUGCGGCAUUAGAGUUAAGAGUGGUAAAGGUUGGAACAUUUGAUGCGGUUAUGGACUUUUAUGUAUCAAAGGGAGCUUCUAUCAACCAAUACAAGACACCUUCUUGUAUUAAAUCUGAGGAAGCUGUGAAGGUAUUGAAUUCCGGGGUGCUUGAAAAGUUUUUCAGUCCCAAAACUUUUUUUUAAGUUGAAUGAAUUUAUAUUUAUAAUCCGCAUUAA